CAUAUAUAUGGCAAAAAUGACGUAGACACACUCUCUCUCAUAUAUGAUCUCUAUUUACAUUCUCUCGCAAUUCCAUUUUUCAUCAAUCCUUUAUUUCUGUCUCAGAUUUGCAGAUAGAAUCAAAAGCUUUUUUUUUUCAAAAAAAUAAAAAUAAAUAAAUAUUGUGUGUCUAUUAAGUUAGAAGAGAUCCGGAUCGAGUAUAGAACUCAAUCCCUGGGCCUCACUCUCUCCGAUGAACAUAAGGAACAUAAAAAAAAAAAGAUGUCCUCGUUUUCCUCAUCAUCAUCAUCUUCAAGCUCCCCUUGUGCGGCCUGCAAGUGCCUCCGGCGCAAAUGCACACAGGAAUGCGUGUUCGCCCCUUACUUCCCUCCCGACAACCCCCAGAAAUUCGCCAACGUCCACAAAGUAUUCGGCGCCAGCAACGUGGCUAAAAUCCUCAACGACCUCACCCCGGCCCACCGUGAAGACGCCGUCAAUUCACUCGCUUACGAGGCCGAGUACCGCCUUCGAGACCCAGUCUACGGCUGUGUCGGCCUAAUCUCCCUUCUCCAGCACAAGCUCAAGCAAGUCCAGCACGACCUUCAUGCCGCACGAAAUGAACUCGCCAGAUACACCACUGCCCUCUCCCCACAGAUAAUGAUGCCCACAGCUCAGCAGCAGCAGCAGUUUUUCGAAGCGCAACAGCUGGCAAUGAUCAGGAGUUACGAGCAGCAGCAGCAACAGAAUAAUAAUUUGGGUAAGUUUGAGAGCGGUGGUGGGACGAGUUAUGAGGCUGCGAUACCCUACAUUGCGGAGCACGCGCACCAGCAUCAGAAUCAGCUGCAGCUUCAGGCGCAGGCACAGGCUACGGAGUUUCUUCUUCUCCAGCAGCAGCAAAGCCAGCUGGCGGCGGCUGUGGUGGCUCGGGAGCAGCCGGAAAUGGUUCAGGCGGUGCCGGUGAGGGAUAAAAGCGAGGAGGAUCGGAGUUGAUUGGUUAUUUAGAUUCUGUUGUGGGGAUAAGGAGAGAUUUCGAAAUUUCGAUUCCACCAGCAAAUUAAGGGCAGGGAUAAUUAGCGUACAAAGGAGAAAAUGAGAGCGUGAGAGAGGAGACCUAUGAGAGAGGGUAAAAAGAAAUGUUUUAGCAGUUGUGAAAUGUACGUAAGUUAUGAGUAAUUUAUUUUCUUUAUUGUAUGGAACUCUAUCAAAGGAGACAAGGUUGUGGAUGAAUACAUUUCAUCUUGGAUCGG